UGCAGCAGUAGAGGUGGUCUUCGGUUAACGUCCAUUGGGCUUCAGUUGGUAGUGUUGUUUGUAGUUCCUGGGUAGUAGGGUUACGAAGACCAGCGGAAGCUUAUUCACUUAAAAACUAUGGCUGUUUGCCCUUAUAACCGUUAGGAUAUGCAACUCAUUUGUGCGUGUUACAAGAUAAAUACACAAAAUGGAAUGGCGAAAAUCGUGACGUGGACGGACCACUUGCGGAAACUACCGCUCUGUCUGUGACUUUAGUUCAUUAUGUCGGGGAAAUCUAAGUUAAAUCUUAGUCAGUGUUUGACCUUGACACUUACUACUUAAUUUUUGAGCUAAACAAAUAGCUUGUUCCGAUAUUCUGGUGGUUUGUUUGGAUUGAAAAUGGAGUGUUUUCCUGGUUUCGAGUGAAGAGUAAAGCUGCUAUCAUGGAUGAGAAGUACAGCAGUAACGUUAUUUCCAGCGGGAAGCUGGGACCAGUCGAAGUGCCGAAUGCCAGACUAACAAGGUACAUAGUAUUACUCUGCAUCACAAAACUGUUAAAGGCUGUUGGACUUUUUGAAUCCUAUGAUUUACUGAAAGUGGUGCACCUUGUGCAGUUUGUCUUCAUACUCAAAUUGGGGUGUGCGCUCUCCUUGCUUUUCUUCCAAAAGCCACUAUCAUCUGGGAAAACAAUGACAAAACAUCAGUGGAUCAAAAUCCUAAAGCAUGCAUUCAUGAGCUGCAUAAUAUCUUUGCUGGGCUUCUUUGGUCUCACACUAUGUGGCCCUUUAAGGACCAUGCUGCUUUUUGAACAUAGUGAUGUUGCGGUCAUAUCCCUCCUCAGUGUUCUCUUCACCAGUUCUGGUGGAGGACCCUCCAAGACCAGGGGUGCUGCCUUUUUCAUCAUAGCAGUUAUCUGUCUCCUGCUGUUUGAUAAUGACGACCUUAUGGCGAAGAUGGCAGAGCAUCCUGAGGGUCACCAUGACAGUGCUCUCACUCAUGCACUCUACACUGCUAUUGCAUUCCUUGGCGUUGCAGACCAUAAGGGUGGUGUGGUCUUGUUGGUGCUGUCCCUCUGCCUUAAGGUGGGCUUUCACACGGCUUCUAGGAAGCUUUCAGUGGAGAUCGGUGGAGCCAAACGACUCUAUGCCCUGUCCAGCCUAGUCUCCGUCGUAGUACUGCUACCGUGGGUGGUAGUGCUUUCUGCAACCACAGAGAGUAAGGUGGAGUCUUGGUCAGCACUCAUCAUGCCUUUGGGGAUGAUCAUCGUCUCUGUGAUGAUUCUGGACUUCUAUGUUGAGUCCAUCUGCGCAGCCAAGAUGGAGGCUCCCAGGUGCGCCCGCUAUGGCUCUCUCUUCCUCUUCCUCAGUGGACUGCUGCUGGCCAACCUUUGGACCCACUCUCUGGCAGGCCAGUUGCGGGGAAAGGCUGGCACUGCCCCACAGGAUAGCACAGAACAUGUGCUCUCCGGAGGAGUUCUGGUCAGCGCCAUCUUCUUUAUUCUGUCCAACAACAUUUUGUCUGCACCAUCCAAAAAGGGCCAAAAGGGAACUCUGGUGGGUUAUUCCCCUGAGGGAACCCCGCUGUACAACUUCAUGGGUGAUGCCCUUCAGCACACGUCUCACUCCCUGCCCCGCUUCAUUAAAGACUGCCUCAAACAGAUCCUUGAAGAGUAUGACUCGCGUCAGAUCUUCUAUUUCCUUUGCCUCAACCUGGCUUUCACAUUUGUGGAGCUCUUCUAUGGUGUGUGGACAAACAGUCUGGGCUUGAUCUCAGAUGGGUUCCACAUGCUGUUUGAUUGCUCUGCCCUGGUACUGGGACUCCUAGCUGCUUUGAUGACCAGAUGGAAGGCCACGCGGAUCUUCUCCUAUGGAUAUGGCCGGGUUGAAAUUCUGUCCGGAUUCAUCAAUGGCCUCUUUCUCAUGGUUAUAGCUUUCUUUGUCUUUGUGGAAUCAGUUACCCGACUUAUUGAUCCACCCAACAUUGAUACAGAGAUGUUGACACCUGUCUCAGUUGGAGGCCUCAUUGUUAACCUUGUGGGAAUCUGCGCCUUCAGCCAUGCACACUCCCAUGGAGCAUCAAGAGGCAGCUGCUCCUCGCUUGACCAUGGCCAUUCCCACCAUGGACAUUCAGACCAUGGUCAUGGGGGUCACAGUCACUCCCAUGGUGGACAUGGCCAUGCCCACGGACACGCCCACACUCAUGGACACGGACAUUCCCAUGGCUCGGGAGCUGGAGGAAUGAAUGCAAAUAUGAGAGGUGUCUUUCUGCACGUACUAGCAGAUACUCUUGGCAGUGUGGGGGUAAUCAUAUCUACCAUCCUCAUCCGGCAGUUUGGGUGGCUCAUCGCAGACCCCAUUUGUUCCCUUUUCAUUGCUGUGCUCAUCUUCCUAAGUGUGAUCCCCCUUCUGAAGGAUGCUUGUGAAGUGCUACUGUUAAGGAUUCCUCCUGAACAUGAAAAGGACCUAAAUAAUGCACUAGAGAAGAUCCAGAAAAUUGAGGGUGUUUUGUCAUACCGUGAUCCUCACUUCUGGAGGCAUUCUGCAAGUGUUGUGGCUGGAACAAUUCACCUGCAGCUGAUGUCUGAUACUGUAGAACAGAGGGUUAUACAACAGGUCACGACUGUUUUGAAAGAUGCAGGAGUAAAUAACCUUUCAGUCCAGGUGGAGAAGGAAGCAUAUUUCCAGCACAUGUCUGGCCUCAGUACAGGAUUCCAUGAGGUUCUUGCAAUGACACAGCAAAUGGAGUCCAUGAAAUAUCUGAAAGAUGGAACAUAUAUUAUGUAAAAAAAAAAAAAAAAAA